AUGUGCGAUGUUACCACCAAGCCCGUUGCUGGUGAGGAAGGACCACAGGUUAGUGAAGAAGCCAAUCGUCUCGUACGACAGGGAUUUGAAAAUGAUUAUGUAAACGUCUACAGUUUUCUUACUAACGAACUUAGUAGACCUGAUGUAAGACCGCCAUUUGCAAUUCCUUCAAGCUCAGGGAAUCAAAUGGUCACAAUGGAAGGUUCAUUUUCUCGCAUCAAGCUCCCUGAAGUGAAACUUCCAACAUUCGACGGUACAGUAUCCGAAUGGAUUACCUUUCGAGAUACUUUCAAAUCUCUUAUUGAAUCUAAUCCCCAGUUGUCGCAAAUUGAUAAAUUUUCCUAUCUGGUGGCAUCGUUAUCGAAAGAUGCCAGAAAGGUGAUCGAGUCAGUAGAGCUCUCUGCUGCCAAUUAUUCUGUUGCAUGGAACCUGUUGGAAAAACGGUUCGACAAUAAGAAACUUGUAGUUAAAACUUUUAUCGAUGCAUUGUUUGCCAUCGAUUCUAUGAAACGAGAAUGUUAUGACUCACUUAUGUCGUUGGUGGAUGAUUUUGAAAGGAACUUGUGUAUGAUCGAUAAAAUGGAUAUCCCAACGAACGGCUGGAGUGUGUUAUUGGCACAUAUGGUUUGCAGUCGCUUAGAUUCAUCCACGUUGAAGCAGUGGGAGACUCACCAUAAAUCUACCGAGGUUCCCAAAUACAAGGACGUCGUCGCAUUUCUCCGUACACACCUGACGGUGCUUCAGUCGCUUGCUCCGUCGAAGUCUCGCUCUUCUGAUUCUGGCAAAGCGGAAACCUUUCGAACACUCAAAUCACGAAUUAAUACAGUCCACACAGUUACCAGUUCGUCGUCCAACACGUGUCCGUUCUGCUCCAAACUUCCACACUCACCUUUUAAAUGUGAUAUUUUCCAAAAAUUAUCGGUCACCCAACGUUUUGAUCAAGUGAAAAAGAAAAACCUCUGCAUUAACUGUUUCUCUUCGUCCCACCUCCUGCGGCAUUGCUCAUCCAGUACAUGCAGAGUAUGCAACCAGAAACACCAUACCAUGCUCCACCAACCAACAAAUAAGCGGUCAGUAGCUCAAUAG